UUCCUGGAAUUGGAGUUGUGAUGGUUCUAAUCUGCUGCUUGAUCAAGAGAAACUUCUCAUCCAAUCAAAUAAUUUAUUUUUGGAAAAAGAAAAGUCUAAACCAUAAGACUGUCCAAGACUUUCUAAGAAAUCAUGGACAUCUUGCUAUUAAAAGAUACAGUUAUUCAGAUAUCAAGAAAAUGACCAACUUCUUUAGAGAUAAAUUAGGCGAAGGGGGCUUUGGUGGUGUCUAUAAGGGAAAGUUAAAAGAUGGAUGUCUUGUGGCAGUUAAGGUUUUGAAGGAAUCUAGAGGUAAUGGAGAGGAAUUCAUUAAUGAGGUUGCAAGCAUUAGUAGGACCUCCCAUGUCAACAUUGUCUGUCUUAUGGGCUUUUGCUUUGAGGGUUCUAAAAGAGCCCUCAUCUAUGAGUUUAUGCCCAACGGAUCUCUAGAGAAGUUCAUACAUAACAAAAGUCCUUCAAAGGUUGCUCGACGAUUGGAAUGGGAGACAUUACACAACAUUGCAAUUGGCAUUGCUCGAGGAUUAGAGUACUUACAUAGAGGUUGCAGCACAAGGAUCUUACAUUUCGAUAUAAAGCCUCACAAUAUUCUUUUGGAUGAGAACUUCAGCCCAAAGAUUUCUGAUUUUGGCCUUGCAAAAAUAUGCACAAGAGAAGAGAGUAUUAUAUCAAUGUUGGGUGCGAGAGGAACUGCGGGAUAUAUAGCUCCAGAAGUAUUUUGUAGAAAUAUUGGAGGGGUUUCUCACAAGGCAGAUGUUUAUAGCUACGGAAUGAUGGUUUUUGAAAUUGUUGGAGGAAGAAGGAAUAUAGAUGUUGAAAUUGAUCGUACUAGUGAAAUAUUUUUUCCGCAUUGGAUUUACAAGCGUCUUGAACAAAAUGAAGAUCUAGGACUGCAGGGCCUUAUGAAUGAAGACGAUUACAAAAGUGCAAGGAAGAUGAUAAUAGUCAGUUUGUGGUGCAUACAGACUAACCCUUUAUGUCGGCCACCAAUGAGCACAGUUGUGAAUAUGUUAGAAGGGAGUCUUGAAUCCUUACAAGUACCACCCAAACCUUACUUGUCUUCACCAUCACGAUCACCGGAAGAUUCUUCAACAAUGGUGUCAACACAGUGUGAUUCUAUAAUGCCUUCAAAUGCAUCUUUUUUUUAAAAGGAAAUUUUAAUGUUAAGAGUAGUAAUUAGCAUCUUUUGUGAACUGCAUCAAUGAUUAGCUUUUCGAUGCAAAUGAUAAUUAAAGACAUUACCAUUUUAGAUUGCCUUAACUAUGAGAUGA